UACCAGUUUGAACCCUAAUUACAAAGGCACGUGGGCAAUAAGAAUACAUCCAAAUGAUACAAGUGCCAACUCCCGAACAAAACAAAAACAACUGUACAUACUCACCUCCCUCCACGCCUCCCCUCCUUAUUGGACCCCCACCUGGCGAUAACUUAACCCGAUAACCCGGUACCUUGAACUACAAGAUAUAUCCGAGCCCAACCUUACAUCACGCUCAUUACAGCGGGAACCACAACCACAACUAUAAAUAGCAAUCAAACCCCCCCCCCCAAAAAAAAAAAAAAAAUCCUUCAUUUUCCAUCUCCUCUCCCUCAAUCGGGUUCGGAUCCGAGUUCCAAUGGAUCCUAAAUCUUGGAUCCAAGCCCAAGCCUCUCUCCGCAGCGAGCUUAUCCGGUUCCGCCGUGAACCAGACCGCACAAAACUCCGCUCCCUGGUCGAUCACGCUCUCGACCGCUACGAAGCCCACUAUCGGGCGCAAACCCGUUUCGCAAAAUUCGGCCCGGUUGAAGCCUUCAACAAUCCUUCGGCCACAAAUCUGGAGAGGGCCGUUUACUGGUUAUCGGGCCUCCGGCCUAAUAUCCUAAUCCAACUUCUCUACACCGAGUCGGGCCACAGAUUCGAGGCCCAGUUAAGCGAUCUCUUAAAUGGGGCCCACUCUGGAGAUAUCGGCGAUAUAAGCCCGGCCCAACUGGAGAAAAUUGAUGAUCUGCAGAGGAGGACGAUAAAGGAUGAGGUGGUGAUCGACGAGGAAAUGGGUCGGGUUAAGGAGAGCGUGACCGACCCGUUUCUGCCGUCGGAUUCGGAUCUGGAUUCGAGAUUGGAGGAGAUCAAGAGAAUUUCGGAGGAAGCGGAUGGGUUGAGGAUGAAGACGUUGAGGGCUUUGUUGGGGAUUUUGGAUCCGCUUCAGGCUGUGGAUUUAUUGAUAGCGAUAGCGGAUUUGGAGAUUGGGGUUCGUGGCCUCGGGUUGGAGUUGGAGAGGAACCCGAUCCGUUUAUGGCAUUAAGAGAGGCCUCUUUUUUUUUCCCUUGAAGUAUGGUGUAAUCUUUUUUGGGUUACUUUAUUGUGUCUUUUUCUUCUAUAUUAAUAAAGAAAGAUAAGUGUACUAUAAA